UAAAACGCAUUGCCUUCCCAAAUCCCUCCUUCCCUUCCAUUGUAAGCUUUACGAUCUUCCUCAUCUCCUCCUCUGCCGUCGUAAGUUCCUAAAACUUUCUCUUCAUGAUAUAUUCCUCUGCCUUCCGACUUGAAAGGAUCCAUCUUUGAAACUGGGUUUGUGUAGUUUGUUUGUUUGAUUGAUUGCAAAACAUUCAAUUCAAAUCGGAGGAGGAGCUUGUUGUUCCGAUCCCAAUCCCAAUCGAGUUGUUUUAGUAUGUAGUAGUAGGAGUUAUAAUUAAAAUCCCUAAGCUAUGAUGAGUUCUUCUUCUUCUAGAGACUCGAUAAGCAAUUUGCUAGAUGAGAUACUAGGCAAAAUCUUGUCUUUGCUUCCGACAAAAGAGGCUGCUUCUACAUCGGUUCUGUCCGAGAGGUGGAGGAAUCUUCUGGGUCUUGUAGACAACCUUUGAUUUGAUGAUUCGAUGGUUGUGUAUCCAAACGAAGAAGAAGCUUUAAGUGGUUCACAUCGAUUCCUCGAGUUCGUAGACAAGGCACUGGCUCUGUUAAGCAAUUCUCCUCGCAUGAAGAAGUUCUCUCUUUGUCUUAGAUAUGAUGACUACGAUCGUUGUGUGAACCGUUGGAUCUUGACUGCAAUGGAACUCGGUUUAUUGGAAAUACACUUGCACGCCACCCCAUGGUCAUAUAUUGAGAUCGAAACUAAGUUGUUGACGAGUGACACACUCGUUGAGCUCACACUAUCCGGUCAUUGUUCCCUUGAAGCCGAGCGUGUGUGUUUCCCAGUGCUCAAGUCACUCUCUCUCUUAUUAGCUUCAGGGAUUAAUCAUCCCAACUAUUGCCGGCUCAUCGAUGGCUGCCCUGUCCUGGAAGAACUCUUCAUAUCCCAAGAUGGUCCUUCCGAUUCACCAUGUUGCGGUACGGGUGUGGAUAGCGCAUCCAUCAAGCGACUUGUCGUUUCUGUCAAUCUUCCGGGUUCUAAAUAUGAUCACGAAGUAACUUAUUUUGAAACACCGAGUCUAAUGUACCUUGACUAUUCUAGUUAUGUCUGCGAAUAUUAUCAGUUAACUGAUUUGGGUUCGCUUGUCGAAGUCCGGCUGAGUCUCCGGUUAUGGGAGUCAACUAUCGAUUAUGAUUACUCUGAUGAUGAUGAAGAAGGUGUUAAUGAAUUUUAUGGUUUCUAUUAUGGCUACGAAUCAGAUGAGGCUAUAUUUGGUGAUGUGACAAACCUAGUUGCCGGUAUAAGCUUUACGACCCUUCACUUGUCUCCCGAUUCCCUUGAGGCGUUUCAUUUCUGCAGUAAAUCCAUGCCUGUUUUCAACAAACUCCUUACUUUAUCUAUUGAGAGUAACAAGGAUAAAGGUUGGCAAGUGAUGCCACUUCUCCUCAAGAGUUGUCCGAUUCUACACACAUUAGUCUUCAAGGGCCUUGUGCACAGAGUAACAAAUAGAUGCGGAGAUGCAUGCUCUUGCAUCCCGAAGAAGCGUAAGAGGAAGAACAGCAAGAAGAGGAAGAUUGUGGAUAAGGAGGUUGAGAAAUUGUCUUGUUUAUGGACAUGCCAUGUGAAGGUACUAGAGGUUUCAGAGUAUGGAGGUUCUUUUCAAGAGCUGAAACAGAUGAGACAUUUCUUGAGCAAGUUGGAAUGUCUUGAAACUGUGAAUGUUGGUGUUGGUAUGGACAACAUCGCUGAGUUCUUACGAGCUAAUCUACUGAAUCUCCCCAGACUGUCAUCAGAGUGCAACAUCCAAUUCAUUUGACCUUUCUUUCCUUAUCUUUCUCAGUUUUGAUAUCAAUGUGAAAGUAACAUACAUACGAUUAUAGCACACUAUCAUAAUAUCAUGAAAGUUCGUUACAAAUUGUUUCUGAAAUGUACUGAUGCUAUCAUCACAUGAACGCUAAGUUACAUAUGCUAUGUUCUGAUGCUAUCA